AUGUUGAAUACUGCGAUCACAGCGGCAUUAGAUCAGAGGCUUGGUCCAUGUGGAGGAAAGGGAGGUGAAACUGAAGCACAUCAGUGGUGCACAAAAGUGGAUAGGAUACUGGAUCAGUUUGAUUGUUCUAAGACUUAUAAGCAGAGGAUGGCCGCUUUCCUAUUAGAGGGGAAUGCAACAACUUGGUGGGAGUUGAUGGGCAGGACAGUUGACGCCAUGGAGGUUACUUGGACAAGAUUCAAAUAUUUGUUCCUUGCACAUUUAUUCCCCCCUUCUAAGCGCCAAGCUAUGAUUAGGCAGUUUGAAGAUCUGGAGCAAAAGCAAGAUCAAAUAAUGGUUGAAUAUGAGUGUGAGUUUGACCGCUUGUCGCUAUUUGCUUCUCAUCUUAUUCCUACUGAAGCAGACAAUAUCGAAAGGUUUUUUAAUGGAUUGCAUAAUGGGAUUGCUCGACACAUUAUUGGGAACCCCAGUUUUGAUACUUAUGCCAAGGUCGCGAAUGGUGUUAUGGCACAUUGCUUAAGAAUUCAAGAGGCUAGGAAAAAGAAAGUAGAACCUAAGAGAAAUGAGAGACCUAAUGAAGGUGGAAGGAAUAGUUGGAAGAAGCCACGAGCAGAUGAGAAUACCACUAACCAUGGUGUAGAAACUCAAGCACCCCAGCCACUAAGAAUCGGGGAAGAAGAGAAACCUUAUGUUUUUAGAGGGAAUUGUUACAAAUGCGGAGAACAGGGACAUAAAUCUCCAAAUUUUCCAAAUAAAAAUAAGCACGGAGUUGAGAAUAAUGGCAAAGGUUGUGAAGUACCACGAGGGCGAGAAAAACCCCGAAUGAAUGCUAUGCUACCUCGUGGUGUUGGUGAAUAUGUUGUCGAGAUGGAGGUAUUUUUCUCUUCUUAA